AUGAGCCGAGUUCUCGAACCACGCAACCUUCGCAUUCCUCCAAAGUUAUCAAGUACCAAGCUCAUUAGAGCUUCGAAGCCCAAAGACGAAUACACGCCGCAUGCCCCUCCAGUGCGCUGGGUUGCGCUCGGGGACUCAUACACAGCAGGGCCGGGCGCUGGCAAUAGCUUCGAUGGAAGUGGUUGUCUAAGAACCGAGGGUUCAUACGCAGCGAAGCUCGAAGCAGACUUCCCUUUCGAUGUGGAAAACAGGUUGAAUUUCCUAGCAUGCACUGGUCAUAGAAUCCCCAAUGUGCUGGAAAACCAAAUUCCAGAGUUGUCAGACAAUAAGGAUGAGAGGACAGACUUUGUAGUCAUGACGAUUGGAGGCAACGACAUCGAGUUCGGUCCCCUGGUCCGGAUCUGUGCCUUGGGCAUCAAGGUGCCCUUCAUCGGAAGGGACUGCGCCCAGCAAAUGGAGGCAACGCAUGCUAUUCUAGACAGCCAAGACUUCUAUGACAAGAUGUGGAAUCUUUAUGACAAGAUUUUUGAGAAGUUGGACUUGGAUAAUCCUGAGGAAUACUAUCAGGUUUAUCACUUCCAGUAUCCCCACCCCCUCAUCGAAAGCGAUGCGGGAGCAGGGGGAUGGUGCAAUGAUAAAUCCUUCUAUGACGAAUGCAGUUUUCCGCCGCCCACAGAAGGCCUGAAGCUGACGGCUUCCCUUCGUUGGGACCUCGACAACGUAGUCGACAGACUGAACAGAAGAAUCUUGAAGAUCGCAGACGCCUACGUCAAAGACAAGCAAAACAACGAGAAUGGCCAUGCACCAGGUUGGUUUAGGAACAGGCUGUUCGUAUUGAGUCCCUCGUUUUUGGACCACCAUUUCUGCUACGAGCAUUUCAGCACCUUCGAUGAUCCAGAGAUAUACAUACAACCGUACUGUGACAGGGCCAAAGGCGAGAGUUACAACGAUGUAACUGCAACACUGGAUUACUUUAACAUGGACCCUGACAAUUGCAAUUCCACCGCUCAAUACAACGACGAUGACACCUACAUCUACUCCUGCCAGGUCGCAAUUGCCAAGAAGUACCAUCCCGCAGAAUUACCUACUAGUACCAGAAUGGCGUUGCCGGAGGCCCUUGCAAAGGUCUUCCACCCGCGGCCCAACGGUUUCGAUGUGUCCAAGAGUCUUCUGAGCGGCAGUCUGAAAUGGCAUCGCCCGCGCAUGAGCCACAAACAAGACGAAGUCUGCGAAGCCCCAAAGAUUGACCUUCCCUCCACCGUCGUGGUUGUCGAUGCCGGAGACAGACCCGACGACUUCGCAUAUUGUCCCGGAGAAGGGUACCAAGAACCCGAACCAGAACCAGAACCAGAAGAGCCAAGCGGGCCCACCAAGUCUCUCAGCAUCGUUGCCGAGUACCGCAACGGAGACAUUUUGGACCUGACGAAGAUCCACUGGAAGUUCUUCCAGGUCGACUACGGGAAGGCCGCGGGCUGUGACGACGAACCUGUGCGCGAAGAAAUACGAGACAGAGUAGAUCUUGAUGGAACAACACUCAACUACCCUGGAGGCACUUUCGACCUCAAGCUGUGGGAUCAGGACUGCCAGUACAAGAACCAGGGGGACAACCAGGGAAAGUUGUAUUGCGGUGACCAGUCUCAUGAGUGUCUCGACGAUCCCGCAGACAAAAACCCCUCAGACAUUAAUGCAGACAAAGGGAUUUACAAGUGUGCAGAUGAUACUCAGACUCGCGAGCCUGUGUUCCUUUGCUCGUGGUAG